GGCUGAGAAACCUCGCCUUGUGUUGGACGGAGGGGCUAUUAUUUUUCUCUGUUCACACUUUUAUUUUGAUUGCCACUCUAAUUUGCCGCAAUUAUUGUUUUAUUCUGAUCACUUAUAUAAUCUACUUCAGAACUCUUUUUUUCCACGAUGUUUAAACGCUGGAGAAAGAAGGACAAUGCAGAGAAAUCGGACGAUGAAAAGAAUACAAGUCGUGCAGACAGAACCGUUACCGAGGAAACAUCGGGUUUUAUUUGUCCAAUUUGCAUGCUUGCAUUUGAGUCCCAGGACGCCCUUCAGAUCCAUUUUGUUAUGGCUCACGCUGAGGAAGAGGCUAUGGCUACAUCUUUAAGUGAUUUUAUUUGUCCAAUGUGUAACAAAAGCUUCUUUGCUGCUGAAGAAUUGCAGUCCCACUUUGAUCUAGAGCACAGUGCAAGUCAGGAUUUUAUUCCAGAAACACAUGCUGAACAGCUUGAAGCUGGAAGUAAACUACCAGAAUCAAACGAAGGCUCUCUUAUCUCAUUUGAUGAUGAUAGCUCUCCUCGUAAAGAAUCUGAAGUCUCUCGUCUUUCUCUUCAUCUUAAAGAGCUAGAGGAUAAAACUCAAGAAAUUCUUAAUUUACAGCAAGAGCUUAAUGAUGUAAAUGCUUCUCUGAAGGAGGAAAGGUGGUACAGUACUGCUCUCAAAGAUGAAGUGGAAAAACUCAACAACCAGAACAAAGCAUUGCAAGAUCAGCAAAAACAAGUUGAACAGGAAAAGGAACAAAUGCGGAAAGAUUUUGAGAAGAGGUUGAUUGAAGAAAAAGAAAGAAAUGUUCAAGGAACCAUGGCAGAGUUUGGUCAACUGAAAGUGGAACUAGCACAGUCCCUUGAGGCACACAGUAGUAGCCAGAGUGAGCACUUGACACUUGCACAGCGAGUUGCACAACUGGAUUCUGAGAAUGAUAGUCUGAAAUCAAAGCUUGAAGAAGAACGAUCCAAAAGAGAAUCUGCUGAAGAGAAGAUUGUUGGAUUAACGGCUGAGUUGGACAAAAUAGGCCAACUUGUUGAAAAUCUUGAACACCAGAUAUCCCAAAGGCCCUCUGGAAAUGAUGUGGUGGCUCUUGAAAACAAGGUUUCCACUUUGGAACAGAAGCUGUCUACCCUACAACUGGAAAAGGAUGAGGAACAGAAAGAACUACAGACCAAGCACAAUGCCGCCUUGCAGGACUUAAACAAUUUGCAGAUGAAAAUAAAAGAGACAGAAGUAGAGAAGAGUUCAAAAGUUGAACAGGUCCAAAGGUUGGCAUUCCUUCAGACGGCACUGUCUGCGGCGACAGACAACAGAAGGCAAGUACAGGAGCAGCUCAAGGAGAAGCAGCAACUUGUCAUAAGCUUGCAGCAUGAUCUCAACCAGGCGAAUGUACUUGUUAAGGAGAAGAACAGUUUUGUUGAAUAUCUACAAAAACAGCAUGAAGAGUUGAAAGGGAAGCUGAACAAAGAAGUAUCAUCCAAAGAAGCUGAAAGCCAGCAGGUCCGUAAUCUGCAGAACCUGCUUGAGGAGACCAAGCGACAGCUUGAAAACAGAGAAAAAACAGUUCUUGAAUUAGAGUCAGGCUUAAAGGAGAAGAAAGAAGAUGUGUCAAGGCUUGAGCUUGAGCGUGCUGACCUGAUGGCGAAGAUCGAGGCAGGCGAGGGCACAGAGACUGCAAUACAUCAAUUGAAGAAGGAGAAUGAAAGCCUUCAAACAAGGCUCAGUGAUGCUCAAGCGCUGAGCCAAAAACAGCUCAAGGAGAGCUCAUCCAGACUGGAGGAGAUGCACCAACAACACAACAAGGUAGAGGAAGAACUGGCUAAGUCAAAGGAACAGUGCUCCAGACUAGAGACGAUGCUUCAGGAGGCAAAAGGGCAGAUCGAAGAGAUGACCCAGAAAAAUGCAAGAAUAAAAAGCAGUUUGAAGGAAAAGUCUGAUGCUCUAGUUGCCCUGGAAGCCGCUAAAUCAGCAGAAAAUAACGUCUUGAGUGAGCAGGUCACUUCACUUCAAGACUCACUGCAGCAUAGACUGGUAGAGUUGAGUGCUUUACAGCAACAACACGCACGGGCCAAGGAGGAUCUGAGUGCAAUUCGUGACUUGCAAGCGCAGACGGAGACCAAGGUCCAGUCAGCAACCUUGGAGCUGGAAAACAAGAACAAAAACUGCACAAAACUUGAACAGGAACUGCAACAAAAGGCAUCCGCUAUUACAAAUCUUGAACAAAAGAGUCACAAUGAAAAGUCAUCCUUGGAGAAACAGCUCUACAAUGCAAAAGCUGCUUUAGAAGGCAAAGAAGCACAACUAUCUACCUUUCAGAAGGACUUGGAAACAUUACGAGAGGAGAGCUCAAACAAGGUCAAGGAGCUGGAAUCUGCCAUAAGUCAAUUGAGAUCUGAUCUAUCCACGGCAAACACUCGACUUAAGGAAAAGGAAGAUAUCAUAAGCAGCACUCGAACCGAAUUGGGAAGCACACGGGAGGAGAAAGCAGACCUUGACAGACAACUGGCUCUAGCUAACCAAAGUUUACAAGAAAAGAAUCAAGAACUUGAAAGAAGUUCCAAGGAAUUUGAGGACAAUAAGCUUCAAAUGUCCAACAUGGAAGCUGCCGGAAAACAAGAGAGAUCAGAACUCAUGACAACGCUAAAGAACGUGAAAGAAAAGCUAGAAGAAUCAAAGAAUUUGUAUGCCAAGAAACUCGAGAGUGAGAAGGAACUACAAGACAAGAUCAAUGAAUUGAAUACAGAAAUCUCAAGCCUUCAGGAAGGAAUGCAAGAGCUGGGAACGGCUCAUCAGAACAAGGUCGUGGCGAUGGAAAACGAGUUUAGUACAAAGAUCGCAGAAAAGGAAAUAAGUUUGGAUGAGAUGCAAAAAUGUCUUGAAGAGAAGGAAGAUAAACUAACGCAACUACAGAGGCGUGUGGAGGUAUUGGAGGCUGAAUUAAAGAAAGAAUGCGAGAGCUGUAAGAAUUAUGAAUCGCAAUUAUGUCGGACGCAAACCCAGUUAAAGGAGGAACAAACCAAACUCUGUAAUUUGGAGUCUCAGUUGCUGGUUCUCAACUCUGAACUAAGAGAUUUUCAAGAGCAGAUCAGCUCGUCAGAAGAGGAGCUGUCUCGCGUGAGAUUAAACGCUCAGGAAACUGAAGCGAACCUUCGGCAGAUGGUUGAGCAACUAAAUGAGGUUAAGAAUACUCUUGAGACUCAAGUUAUGAACAUUGAGAAUGAGCUGCAGUCAACGAGAGUCACCCUUGAGAGCGUGACAUCUGACAAGGACGCAUUAGAAACAGAGUUGAAAAGCCAAAAGGAAGCAUUUGCCUCGAUGAAGGGCUCAUUAGAAGAUCGUAUCAACGAACUGGUUGGACAAGCUGAGGCCGACAGACAGCAAAAAGAAAAAGAACUCGAGGAAGCGAGUGACAAACUCCAGCUUCUUAUAACGCAAAAGUUGGCUAUUGAGAAUCAGUUAUCAAGUACUGAGAAAGACCUGAACAAGACCCGUGAAGAGUUCGAAGAGAGCAAAGAAGUUGCCAAACGUGUGCAGAUGUUACUUAAAGAAGAGACGGCAGCCAUGCAAACUAAACUGACCAAUGAGACCCGUGAUAAAGAAGAACAAGCCCAGAAGAUGGAGGAGAUGGAAACGAGGCUUAACAUUCAGAUCGCUUCACUGACAGAGAAUAUGAGUGCUGCGCGCGCAGAGGCCGAGGCCAGUGAACAGAAAGCCACUGAGAUCGCCGCCAAACACAAGGAAGAAAUGAAAAAUAGUGACUCACUGAGAGUAGAAAUUGCAGUGUUAGAAGCAACAGUGCAAAGUAAUCUAGAUGAAAGAAGAAAGCUGCUAGAAAGGUGUGUAGCCGACGAGGAAUGCAUUGAGAAGCUCAGAAAAGAGCAGGCGUUGUUAAAAAAGCAACUAGAAGACUCAAAGGCAGCAAUGAUGGAAUUGACACAAGAGAACCAAAACCUUCAGGUAUUGAAUAACCAAAUGAGCACACGGCGAUGGGAGGAAGAUAGUGACGUCACAAACUGUAAUAGUUGUGACAAGGUUUUCUCAAUAACCCUAAGAAAGCACCAUUGCCGGAACUGUGGACUUAUCUUUUGCUCAGACUGUACCUCUAAAACAGUAACUCUUGCAGCCAGUAAGAAGCCGGCUCGAGUGUGCGAGACUUGUUACCAUGAAGUGACAACAGGUUCCAUAAAGAAAUACCAGCUUCAACCAAACCAAGGUUUUAGCUAGGCUACUGAAGAAAAAAAAGUUGUCAAGCUUCUAAAGAAUAACCAAUGGACUGAAGAGAGACAAGGGAUAAGGAUAAGCUGCUAGAAUCAAAUCACUGUUCGUGUUGUAGAAAUAAAAUUGUAAAAAUAUCUAGGUAAUUUCUAUAAAUAAAUAAAAUAUUUCUAUCUUCACAAAAA